AUGAACAAGCAGAAGGCUAAGCUACCACUGUACGUGGUCAAAGGGGCUUCACCCCCACUCUUUGGUCGGGAAUGGCUGCGCAAAAUACAGAUUGACUGGCGGGAAAUUAAGACGGUUCGGGAGGAGACACUAGAAGUAGUGCUACAGAGGCAUAAUGAAGUCUUUAAAAAGGAGCUGGGCACACUGAAAGGUAUCAAAGUCUCCAUAGCUCUGAAACCGCAACAUCAACCACGGUUUUGCCAGGCAAGAGUCGUUCCCUAUGCUCUUAGACCAAAAGUUGAAGCUGAGAUUGACCGACUGAGCGAACAGGGCAUCAUAUCGCCUGUCAAGUUCAGCGACUGGGCAACACCCAUUGUCCCGGUUGUGAAGAAAAAUGGAGAUGUUAGGAUUUGCGGUGAUUUUAAAGUGACAAUCAACCCCGCUCUGCAGGUAGAGAAAUAUCCAAUUCCACGAAUUGAAGAUUUAUUCGCAUCACUGUCAGGGGGACAGCAUUUCAGUAAGCUGGACUUGUCUCACGCGUAUCUGCAAAUGCCUGUUGAAGAAAAAUCUCGCAAAUAUCUCACCAUAACAACGUCAAAGGGACUGUUCUGUUACAACAGACUUGCUUUUGGAAUCACGUCAGCCCCCGCCAUUUUUCAACGGGCCAUGGACCAGGUCCUCCAGGGUCUUCCGAACGUCCACUGCUAUUUGGACGACAUUUUGGUGACUGGCCAAGACCGCCUGCAGCACCUGAAGAACUUGGACGCUGUCCUGGGACGCCUUGAAGAAUUCGGCUUGCGUGUCCAAAAAGACAAAUGUGAAUUUUUCAAGGAUUCACUGGAAUAUUUGGGCCAUGUUAUCGAUGCCCAUGGCCUGCACAAGUCACCGGAGAAAGUUAGGGCGAUUGUGGAAGCUCCUGCACCAACAAAUGUGAGUCAGCUUCGAUCAUUUUUAGGGCUUAUUAAUUACUACAGCAGGUUCAUUCCUAACCUGUCAUCCAUUCUUAGCCCACUCAAUGCACUCUUGUGCAAAGGCAAACAGUGGCAAUGGACAUCACAAUGCGAAAUGGCAUUUCAGGAGGCCAAAGAACAGUUGUUGUCGCAAAGUGUGCUAACUCAUUACAACCCAGAACUUCCCAUCCGGCUGGCAUGUGACGCUUCACCUUAUGGGGUAGGUGGUGUGAUAUCACACAUCCUUCCAGAUGGGCAAGAGAGGCCCAUAGCCUUUGCAUCAAGAACCUUGAAUAAAGCGGAACAGAAUUAUGCACAGAUUGAGCGUGAAGCUCUUGGCAUUAUAUUUGGUGUUCGGAAAUUCCAUCACUAUUUAUAUGGCAGGAAGUUUACGCUCCUCACAGACCAUCGCCCUCUGACCACAAUUCUGAGUCCCAGCAAAGCUAUACCAUCUAUGGCAGCCGCCAGAAUGCAGCGAUGGGCUCUCCUGCUGGCUGCUCAUGAUUAUAUCAUCCAAUACAGAGAAGCAGCACGUCAUGGCAAUGCUGAUGGGCUGUCCCGCCUGCCACUUGCCACAUCAGCUAAGGAGAGAAUCAACACUGUGGACAGUUUUCACAUUAAACACCUGGAAACCUUACCUGUGAGCUGCAAAGACAUCUGCAAGGAAACCAGGACCGAUCCGGUUCUCGUUCAGGUACUGGAAAUGGUCUCUACAGGUCGCUUCCCGAGAGUCCAGCAUGUGGACAGCACACUGGCACCAUUCAUCAGCAGGAAGGAUGAACUAACUGUUCAGCAACAGUGCCUCAUGUGGGGUAUCCGUGUAGUCAUCCCUCCUAAGCUGAGACCCAGAGUACUGUCCGAACUACACACUGGACACCCUGGUGUUGUUAAAAUGAAAGCUGUUGCCCGAAGUUACAUGUGGUGGCCAGGAAUUGACGCCCAGAUCGAACAAGUGUCGAAGACCUGCCAAUCCUGUCAACUCACACAGAAAGCACCUGGACCAUCACCUCUCCAUCCUUGGGCAUGGCCGGGAGCUCCAUGGCAGAGGAUCCAUGUCGAUUUUGCCGGUCCUUUCCAAGGCCAUAUGUUCAUGGUGGUCGUGGAUGCCCAUUCCAAGUGGCCUGAAGUGCACCUGAUGAGCUCCACCACGGCUUCCAAGACCAUACAGGUACUGAGAAGGCUAUUCAGUCGUUACGGCCUUCCUGAGGUCUUAGUGAGCGAUAAUGGUCCCCAGUCCACUUCAAGCGAAUUCGACACAUUCAUGAAGAGCAACGGAGUUAAGCACAUUCGCUCUGCACCAUUCCACUCAGCCACAAAUGGCCUUGCGGAACGUUUUGUGCAAACAUUCAAGCAUUCACUGAAGCGCUCCUCAGGAACAGUUUCAAUCCAACACCGACUGGAUGCAUUCUUGCUAAUGUAUCGCAACACUCCGCACUCCACCACAAAGGAAUCACCAUCCAUGCUUUUCAUGCAUCGCAAGCUGCGAUCUCGACUCGACCUGCUGAAGCCUAGCGUUGCAGCUGAAGUGGAGAAAGCACAAGAGGAGCAGUGUGCUCGUCGACAGACGCAUGCUAAAGCCAGAUCAUUCAAAGUGGGUGACACAGUCCUAGUUCGUGAUUAUGGGAGAGGAGAGAAGUGGACACCGGGCGUUGUUUCAGCCGAAACUGGUCCUGUGUCAUACAAAGUCAACGUCGGAUCAUCGGAACACUGGAGAAGACAUGCUGACCAGAUCCUGACUCGACAUGCAGAGCUGGACGUUCCAGAGUCUUCAGAGUCUUCUCAUGCUCCAGCAGAUCUGCCUGUGUUGGAGAACACAGUUCCUGAACCAGCUGUUCCGGCUCCUGAUCCAGUGAGUGUGCCGUCAUCCCCGGUAACAUCAGAGGUAGUCAACGCACCACAUCAAGAGACUGGUAAGCUCUACCCAUCCCGUGUCAUUACGAAACCAGUUCGUUUUAGCCCUUAA